AACUACUAUAUUUAUCUAUGGCCACAAGUUUCACUUUUUUUCCGAGAUUGAACGCAAUUUAAAUUGUGACAAGAUUAAAGAGUAGGCAUGCCGCUAGUAUUGUUGUGUGGCCUGCCAUCUAGUGGAAAAUCGACGCUUGCUCAAAAACUUUAUGAACAUUUAAGAAAUGAAAGACAGUGUGUUCUUCUGACAGAUGAAGCAAAAUUAUUAGACAGAAAUCAUAUAUAUUCAGAUUUUAGACUUGAAAAGGAAUUGAGGAGUGAAUUGAAAUCUGAUGUUCAAAGGACAGUAUCCAAGGAUGUAGUUGUUAUUUUGGAUGCAUUGAACUACAUUAAAGGUUACCGAUAUGAACUUUACUGUGUUUCUAAAGCAAUAAAAACCACUCAUUGUGUGAUCCACUGUGACUUACCUGUGGAGACUUGCAAGAAAUGGAACAUCUCUCGCAAUGAGGAGAAACAGUAUAGUGAAGAAGUCUUUACUGCCUUAGUCCAAAGAUUUGAAAUGCCAGAUUCCAGGAACCGCUGGGAUUCGCCUUUGUUUAUUAUCCAUGAAGGAGAAAAACUUCCAUUUCAAGAAAUUACUGAUGCCCUAUUGACAAGAAAGGCUCCACCUCCUAACCAGUCUACACAGAGUCAACCACUCUCAUCCACUAAUUUUCUUUAUGAACUCGACAAGCGAACUCAAGAAGUUGUACAGGCAAUACUAGAAGCUCAAAAGACAUCUGUAAUUGGAGAUUUAGUGUCUGUCCCAGGAACUAAGGAAAAGGUCCAGUUAAGACGUAACCUAACGCUGGCAGAGCUCACAAGGUUCCGACGGUUGUUCCUCUCCUAUACCAAGAUGCACCCAGUAGAUGACACUUCUAGAAUUCCCAGCAUGUUUGCACAGUAUCUUAACAGCAGUAUAUAAACCAUUUUUAGGUUUAUGGAUCUUAAAGUAAAUAAACGUGUCAGAUGUAAA